AGCCGAAGAUGUCGGCUCCGUCAUGUGAUCAGCUGUGUCCAAUCACAGCUGAUCACAUGGGACAUGUACACUGAUCAUCAGAGCACUGAUGAUCAGUGUGCCCUGAUGAUCAGUGUAGCCCCAGCAGUGCCACCUGUCAGUGCUCAUCAGUGCCUCGUGCCAGUGUCCUUCAGUGCCUACCAGUGCACAUCAAGGCCACAUAUCAGUGCCCAUCUGAGCUGCCUUUCAGUGCCACCUAUCAGUGUGCAUCAGUGCCACCUAUCAGUGUGCAUCAGUGCCGCCUAACAGUGCCUGUCAGUGCCGCCUAACAGUGCCAGUCAGUG